UGUCUGUUUUGAAAGCCAAGAGAGAUUCUCGUCUCACAAAAGAAUUGUUCAAUGGAAAACAAUGGAGCUUCUUGUUCUUCAACUCCAGAUAACCAUGAUUGUCCCCAGCAAUCCCAAUGGCUUCAAUUAACUCUAUCAGAUUCAAACAAGAGAAUUAAAGCCAUGAUGACCCUUCUGGAAGAAGAUGACAAUACUUCAACUAGAGAUGAGAUCUAUUGCAAGCGGAGGGUGAAGCUGUUUCAAAUGCUUGAAGGGUUCAAUAAUUCUUAUCGUUCUUUGGCUGAAAAAUAUGAUAAGUUGAGGUCUGAAUCAUGCCAUGAAAAUAAUCCAGGAUCCAUUCCUUCUGCAUGUUCUGACACGAAUGAGAAGACAAGACUUAUAACAAGUUCCACCAAUUCCGAAUUGAAGCUUUUUGAUUCCUAUCUGGAUUCCAUUCUUGAAGACCCUGAUGCUGAUUGUGACAAUACGGACUUCAACUUUGAAUACCUGAACAAUCUAGUGGAAAAACUGAUGUCGACUGAGCCACACGCACAGAGCAUGGAAAUGAAAAUGAAACUUGAUAGCAGAGAAAACCAUUGUAAUGAAGGCGCCAGAGAUUUGUGCGACCAAAAUGGUGUCAAUGUGAAGAUAGAUGAUUCAAACUCAGUUCAGAAUCAGGCUACGGUUAGAGAUCUCUCAGAAAAUAGUUAUGAGCAGGCCAAUAGAUGGUCUGAACUCAAGUUUCAAGUUACAAAACUCAUGGAGGAAAAUCUGAAGCAGCAGGUCGAGUUGGCAAGGAGAAACAUCCAAAAGAGACUGGUAAUUAAUAGACUCCAGUCAGAACUGGAACAUCUGAAGGGUGAGAACAGGGCCCUGCAAAAUUGUAUCAACUGCUUAAAAGUUGGAGAGAAACCAAACCAAUUUCAGACGUCAAAAUUGAAAAGAAUAUUUUCAAGCAAGUUCUUUUGACAAGGUUGAUCGUGACAGGAAGUUUUCAGUUGUUGCCUUUUCAACUCUAGCAAAUACUGUGGUUGAUAUGACUCCAAUCUCCAACAUUAUAGCAGUAAAGAUGUCUUCCGAGUUAUGCAAAUUAA